AUGUGUGACAAGGUUUUGACCUUUUUGAAGAGCCUGUCCAGGCGAAAACCCUUGGAGCCUGAUGGCGAAGAGUCCAACUUUAAGCGUUGCUUAUCCACACUAGACCUAGUGGCACUCGGGGUGGGAAGUACACUUGGGGCCGGGGUCUAUGUGCUUUCUGGGGAGGUGGCUAGAACAGUCGCUGGUCCCAGCAUCAUUGUGUCAUUCUUCAUUGCUGCAGUGGCGUCUGUAUUUGCGGGUUUAUGCUAUGCAGAGUUUGGUGCCCGAGUGCCCAAAACGGGCUCGGCAUAUCUGUACAGCUACGUCACUGUCGGGGAGGUGUGGGCCUUCAUCACUGGAUGGAACUUACUGUUGUCAUACAUCAUAGGAACAUCAAGUGUGGCCAGAGCAUGGAGUGGCACUUUUGAUGACUUGAUUGGAAAUAAGAUUGCCAAUUAUUUAAGUGAACAUACACCAAUGAAAUUACCUGGCCUCGCCCCCUAUCCAGACUUCUUUGCCGCAGGCCUUAUCCUUAUUUUGGCAGGUAUCCUUGCAUUUGGGGUGAAGGAGUCUGCCAUUGUCAAUAAGAUCUUCACAGCUAUAAAUAUGGUUGUGCUGAUUUUCGUCAUCAUUGCUGGCUUCAUCAAGGGUGACAUUGGAAACUGGCAGAUAACACAGGAGGAAAUUUGGAACUACACAAUAACUGCAAAUCUCACAACUUCAAAUGAAACGUUAUCAAGUUUUGGAAGUGGAGGAUUCUUUCCCUUUGGUUUUGAGGGAACAUUUGCUGGAGCCGCCACCUGUUUCUAUGCUUUUGUGGGAUUUGACUGCAUUGCAACCACAGGUGAGGAGGUUCGAAACCCUCAGAAGUCGAUCCCCAUAGGAAUUGUGACUUCUCUUCUCAUCUGUUUCUUGGCUUAUUUCGGAGUGUCAGCCACUCUCACCCUUAUGAUGCCCUACUACCAACUGAGUGUUCAGAGCCCCUUACCUGUAGCCUUCACAUAUGUGGGCUGGGAUCCUGCAAAGUAUGCAGUGGCUGUUGGAUCGUUGUGUGCCCUCUCAACAAGUCUGCUGGGGUCUAUGUUUCCAAUGCCCCGUGUGCUGUUCGCUAUGGCCAGAGAUGGGCUGCUUUUCAAACCCCUGAGUAACAUGAGUGCCCGACAGAGCCCUGUAAUAGCCACACUCUCUUCUGGAGUAGUAGCAGCAAUAAUGGCCCUGGUGUUUGACUUGAAAGCUCUAGUAGACAUGAUGUCUAUUGGAACACUCUUUGCCUACACCCUUGUAGCCAUCUGCAUCCUAAUUCUUCGGUACCAAUCAGAGCCUAGUGAAAUCAGUGAGAAGCAAGAGCUUGAGAAACAGAAAUGGAAUCCUUUUUGCCCCCCUAAACUCUCUUCUACAACAAGUUCCAAAACCGUGUCUAUGCUGACCAUCCUUACCAUUGUGUUUUCGGUUAUCCUGAGUGUGAUCAUCACCAAAGGAGUACAAGCUGGUCUUAUUGAGGAGUGGUGGAUGAUUCUCAUUAUCACUUUGGUUGCAGUGGGUUUUGUCAUGACUGUCAUUAUAAUCUGGCGACAGCCACAAAAUGGCAGCAAGGCUGCAUUUAUGGUACCCUUUCUGCCAGUACUUCCUAUUUUGAGUACAUUCAUCAAUAUCUAUUUAAUGGUCCAGCUGGGUGGUGAAACAUGGAUUCGUUAUGCAGUGUGGAUGGCUAUUGGCUUGGCCAUCUACUUCUGUUAUGGAGUGCACUUCAGUGUACAGAAGAAACGGAACAAGUCUUCCCAAAAUCCUGUUUAUGUUGAGACAAUCGAUGACAAACUGAAGAACGAAAUGAAAAACGGAUCCACUACACCUGAGCUACAAACCAAGUUUUAA